CCGACUCAGAAGCCGGUGGUGCGGUCACCUAGAACCUUCAGUUCCCGUCCGGGUCGGCCGCGCCUGGGGCGGCGAAGCUCCCUGGGCUAGGCCCGCGCGGCCUGAGGGCGGCGCCCUCCCUCGCAACAUGGCCCGAAAUGCGGAAAAGGCCAUGACGGCCUUAGCAAGAUUUCGCCAAGCUCAGCUGGAAGAGGGAAAAGUAAAGGAGCGAAGACCCUUCCUUGCCUCGGAGUGUACUGAGCUGCCCAAAGCCGAGAAGUGGAGACGCCAGAUCAUUGGAGAGAUCUCAAAAAAAGUGGCUCAAAUUCAGAAUGCUGGUCUAGGUGAAUUCCGAAUUCGUGACCUGAAUGAUGAAAUUAACAAGCUGCUAAGAGAGAAGGGACACUGGGAGGCCCGGAUCAAGGAGCUGGGUGGUCCUGACUAUGGGAAAGUUGGCCCUAAAAUGCUGGAUCACGAAGGGAAAGAAGUCCCAGGAAAUCGAGGUUACAAGUACUUUGGAGCAGCGAGAGACCUGCCUGGCGUCAGAGAGCUGUUCGAGCGAGAACCUCUUCCUCCUCCAAGAAAGACACGCGCUGAGCUCAUGAAGGCGAUCGAUUUUGAAUACUACGGUUACCUAGAUGAAGACGAUGGUGUUAUUGUGCCUUUGGAACAGGAAUAUGAAAAGAAACUUAGAGCCGAGUUAGUGGACAAGUGGAAAGCAGAGAGAGAGGCCCGGCUGGCAAGAGGGGAGGAGGAGGAGGAGGAGGAAGAGGAGGCCGACAUCUACGCCGUUGCCGACCAGGAGUCUGAUGAGGAGGGCGGCCAGGAGAAAGGAGGGGAGGACGGGCAGCAGAAGUUCAUCGCUCACGUCCCGGUGCCGUCGCAGCAAGAGAUCGAGGAGGCGCUCGUGCGGAGGAAGAAGAUGGAGCUCCUGCAGAAGUACACCAGCGAGACGCUGCAGGCCCAGAGCGAGGAGGCCAGGCGGCUCCUGGGCUACUAGGCCGAGCGGGCCGCCGCC